GUGAGUGGAGAUGUGCACAUAGGGGGUCUGUGUUGCAGUAGAGAGAGGCCAGGCUCUAGCAUCAGAGAGAACUGGGUUUGAAUUCAGGGUCCAGGACUCCAAGGCUGUGUGGUCUUCAGGAAGAAUCUUAAUCUCUGGAAGAAUCCAUUUCCCUUUCCCAUACAAUUCGACAGUAAUUUCCACAUCAGGUGGCCAUGAGGGUCAGUGAUCAUACAGCAGGUGCUCAAGUCUUGUUUUGUUUCCAGGUCCACAACUGGAGGGUUUCUGAGCACGGAUACAACUGUCACAGCCUGGGAGACACAAUUCACACCAACAAAUGGAAGUGCCUGGGCCUCUGAAGCAGUGGAGAUGAAGACCCUAAUCCUGGAAUCGCUGACACUCAUCAUUGCCCUGCCCGGGCUGGCGGGAAACGCGGUGGUGCUCUGGCUGCUGGGCGUCCGCAUAGGGAGGACCACCUUCUCCGUCUACAUGUUCAACCUGGCCGGGGCCGACUUCCUCUUCCUCUGCUGCCAGAUUUUAUUUUCCCUGUGUAAACUUCACGUCUUCCCUUCUGACUGCUUUAAUAUACGCGUGUUUUGCAUCCCGGUGUUAUUCCUUUUCUACAUCACAGGCCUGAGCAUUCUCAGCGCCAUUAGCACAGAGCGCUGCCUGUCUGUCCUGUGGCCCAUCUGGUAUCGCUGCCGCCGCCCCAGACACACGUCAGCCAUCAUGUGUGCCCUGCUCUGGGCCCUGUCCCUGCUGCUGAGCAUCCUGGAAGGGAACUACUGUGGCUUCCUCACUCAGGAUCUACAUCUUGUUUGGUGUCCAGUGUUGGAUUUCAUCACUGCCGCCUGGCUGAUUUUGUUAUUUGUGCUUACCUCUGGGUCCAGCCUGGCCCUGAUGACCAGACUGCUGUGUGGCUCCCAGCGGGUACCGCUGACCAGGCUCUGUGUGACCCUCAUGCUCACAGUGCUGGUCUUCCUACUCUGCGGCCUACCCUUGGGCAUCUACUGGUUCCUCUUAUUCUGGUCAGAAAUUCAUUUAAAUGCCUUCUCUCAUAUUUCCCAGGUUGCCAAUACCCUGUCCUGUAUCAACAGCUCUGCCAACCCCGUCAUUUACUUCUUUGUUGGCUCCUUUAGGCAGCGAUGGCAGAAGCGGCGACAGAUCCUGAGGCUGCUUCUCCAGAGGGCUCUGCAGGACACUCCUGAGGGAGAAAGCCUUCCUCCCGAAACCCUGGAGAUGUCGUGAGCAGUCUGGGCCAGUGACACCGGCCUCUGCCCUGGUGGGUCAGAAGUGACUCAGAGACUCAAUGCUGCCCCGUCAGGCUUGGAACUUAUCUAGUCUUCUCCCAGCCCCGGCCUCAGAAUGCUUCAGUGAUUCCCCAGUGUCUUCAAAUUGGUUGUUUUUAAUCUGGCCUUUGUAGUUUCUCUCAGAGAAAGCAUUAGUUCAAAAGUUAUUGCUCUCCGUCGUUCCUGAUAUUACCAAUAAAUUUCUCAGGUAAUCUUCCUUUGAAUUUCUUUAUUGAAUGUAUUGAGUGCUCUUUCUCUACAAGUGGUUCAGGAAAGUCUUCUUGAAAUCUUGAAAUCCAGGAAACUCCACAAAUACCAAACAUGAUGGAAAAGAAAGCCACUGGACACAUGAUGGUGAAAAUACACCACACCAGAGAAAAAGGUAAGCUCUUAGAAAGAAAACACACAAAUCACUGCAAGGGAAAGGAAACUUGACAGAUGACCAAUCUUUUAAAAAUGAGGGUGAAACUAUGACUUUUUCAGACAGAGAAACACUGGGGCACUUAUCACCCACACACUCUCACAAAUGGAAUCCUAAAGAAUGUGUUUUCAGGAAUGGAACACAUGAGAUGGGAAAUGGAAAGGCAAGCAAAAACAUUGGUGAUUAUGGGGAUACAACUGAACAAAUACUAUUGAAAACACUAACUUUAAUUUUGAAGGAAAGAGAAUAAAAGUUACGUCCUGGAGCACAGUAGCUUGGGAGGACAGAAACAGAGGCUGAAGUUUCCUAAGGUCUUGGUGCUAUUCAUGAGGAGGGCAGACUUCUGGAGACAGCUGUUGGGUUUGUCCAAUGCACCAAACAGAGGCAGAGGAGGGAAAGGGGUGACAUAUAAUUCGUAGGUUAACAGGCUGUAAGAGACUGAAUUCCAUAUGAAUUUAUGUUUGAUUCCAUGAGAUCAUCUUUCUACCUGUUUGUAUAUUAACACAACAUUAUUGUUUACACUGAUGUUUAAGAAUAGCUCCUAAUAUCUGUUAGGGUUGAUCAGUCCUCCUUUAUCCCCAUUUUCUCCAGAAAUGGUGAGGUUUAAUACAGUGUCAUCAU